AUGCUAUUCAUACGCUGCAAGUGGUUCGACGAUGACCGCCAGCCCAUCGAUGGAGGUUGCAAAGGGGAAAGCACGACCUGUGCGUUCAUCCACCCUUCAUCAAAUCGAUGGGACUUUGCCCCUCGCAAAAAAACAGCGGUUCCCAGGAGUCUGAUGAGUCCCAGGAAAGGCCCGUCAGGUUGGAGCGACGCGCCUCGUCGUGACCGUAAUGCCAGUAUGACCGGCGCAAACACAGUUAGUCUCGGUGCCAAAAACCGUUACAACGCGUCUCCUCCUAGAGGUCCGAAGAACAAAUGGGACACUGACCUCUGGUACUCAAACCCACAAAAGUCUGGUCAAUCGGAUGCUGGUCCUUCCACAAGCACACAAGCUGGCGCCUCAAUUACUGAAAAACCUGCCGACAGACCUUGGGGCCCGACUAGCUGGAGCAUGUCUGACUCUCCGUCCUGGGGCGACAAGACCAAGAAUAGUGGCGUUUCGUCUCUAACGGCAAACAAGGACGAAUGGGGCACAAGAGGCUGGGGCAGCACAGAAGACACGGCGACAGAUAUCGCCUGGGACACUGGCACCUGGGGAACUUCGGAUGCUGGCACAGGUUGGGGGGGCGCACCUAUCGAAGAGCCGCAGCCAAUGCAGGUCAACUCGACCUUGCCAUCCUCCGCAAAGGGUAAAGAGAAGGAAGUGUCAAGACACGAUUCACAGGAUACGAUAACGGUGCCUCCUCUUUUCGAUCUCACCGUCAUGUCGUCAUCGCACAUACCACUGCCAAAAAAGAGGAAAGACACGGGGAAACAGCCAGCAGCCUCACUGACUGUUGAUCUAUCUAAAGUCGAGGAUAGCACCAGCGGUCAACCUCACUCGCCAUCGCAUUCGAUUACAGAUGCCCAAUGUGUCUACAAGGAGCUCAUGAAACACUUCUUCAAACUGGUGCGCCUCAAGAUCAAGAAAUCCGACCAUGAGGAAAGAUAUCGCGCUUGGACUGCGGCUCAAGGUUCAUCGCCCUAUUCCUUCGGACAGGAAACUGCAGGAACACAUUGGAAUCAGGCACAGAAGCAAUUGGAUAAGAUUCAGGGCCUUUCGCGGUAUAUUGAAGAUACUACGAAACAGCUUUUGAGCCUUCCAGAUGUGUCUACCCCCAAAAUAUCUCUGGAUGAUAUGGAAGAAAAGAUGGAGCAAAUCAUUAAUUAUGCGGAAGACGUUGAGCGGUGGAUGAGGGAACUGGCCAAAGCACAGGAAGAGGUAGAAAGACGUGCCGAAGAAGCGGUGGCAGAGAACUGCCCAAUCGAUGUCACGCCGCGUUGGAAGCCUAAAGAAUGGCCGGAGAAUCCUAGCAUGGACUACUUCCAGAGACGCAUUGCCGAGUUGCAGGAUCAAGUCAACGACAUUUCUGACUUCCUGGAUCAUAUCAAAUCGAUGGACGAUGUUGAUUCUCUGUUUGAAGAGGGCAUCCAACUGAGCGAUGGCAUCGCCUGUUUAAGGAUGGAAGAGAAGGUUCCAGAGGGAGAUCUUUUAACCUUGAGAAUAGACAAUGCUGGUGGACAAAUCGUUGAAAUGAUGUCCACAAUUGCAGAGCACGCGGGCAAAUCCGUGAACCAGAAGAAUGAGUUAGAGGAAUGGAAAGCCAAGAGGGAUGCCAACCUGGCAAUUAAGGCAGAGCUCCAAGAGAAAAUCACCGGCUUCGAGCAAAGGUCCAAAGAGCGCCAUGCCCGUAUCCAAAAAAUGACUGCCGAGUUAACGGAACUCCGAAAAAUGGAACGGGCCUAUCCGUUCCACUUAAUCAAUCCACUACUCGAACAAAUCGCCGACGAGGUUAUUGAAAAGGAAGUACAACCUCUCUUGACAGCCUUACAUGCUGCCUGUGAUGCUGCGUCAACACGGAGUGUGGGUCGGAUGACUGAGAAGCUCCAGGCGGUUGCUCAGCCUACGGUCGAGAGUACCAACCGUCUUCGAGAGCAGGCUCGCCGGUCCAGGGCGUCCACGUCAUCUUAAGUUUCUUUGUAUACUUUGUGAUAUCAUCUCUAUGCACAUACUGCUUACUCUUAUCUAUUCUUCCUGUGUUCUGGGUUCCGCUGGAUUCUGCAUACCCCCGCGAUUGCAUCAGUACCGCUCAUUUGCUGCAUUCUAGGCCAGUGUAUAAGACAUUCCGUGCUGUACAUAUGUAUCAACUAAAACGGCCUGUUCCAAUUUGCAUAAUGCCUAGCUACGAACAGUUUCAAUUCAGUUCCACUUACGGCGGCGUCCUGGACACCG